UUCCCGAGAAUUGGUGCGGUUCUUAGGGCAAAGCCCCACGGUAGCUAGAUAUAAUGCGCUAGCACGCGAGCCUUGGCAGCAGCACCCACUUGCAGCUGCCACGAUAAUUUGUGGUAAUUGUUUUGGUGAGGGGUGUAGGAGUCGAACCUACGGCCAUGUCAAUCAGCGAAGAUGGGUACCGAAUGGAGGCUCCAAGGACAACUGUUACCACUUCAGCUAUCCGCCCCCAUGACGUUUCUGAUCAAGUUGUUAAUGAAAGCAUCGACCCUGUCAACAUAGAUCCUAAUGACACUUCCAAGGAAAUUGAGCUACCUGAGCGUAGCGCAGUGCCAGAUCUCUUAGCACAGGGAGAUGAACUUACUGCUAUUCGUGACCAGCUCCAGCCAGAAUCAGGUCAUGCUCAUCUCGAAGUUUCUCUAUUCCGAUCUACACCACUUAUAGAGUUUAACCGCACCCAGCCAUUACUCUCUUGGGCAUUCCCAACUCUAUUCCCUCGUGGUGAAGCGGAGUUUACAACUCCCCGGCAACGCACAGUAUCGUUUGAGGAUUAUAUCAAGCAUUUGAUGAAAUUCCGUGAUGGUCGAUUCGCAAGGCAUCCUCGAUUCAGAUAUGUCGUUUUCAACACAUUAAUGCGGCAGUGUGACGGUGCCAAUCUGCUUGGUUUGACAGAUGAUCUUCGCAAUGCAUUUGCAGAUGAGGGACUAGAGGCUGAUGCACUUCUGAAAGCCAUGGUUAAGAAUAUUGGUCCUGCACAUUUAUUCCUUACCCUAUCAGCGGCGGAUCUGCACUGGGAUGACCUGAUGCGGCAUCUUCCUCGUUAUCAGGAGUGGAAGAACGGAACUGCGACAGAACGCAUCCAUAUAUCAUGGGAAAACCUAUGUGAUAACCCCCAUAUUGUUGCGAAUUGGUUUCAUAUCCGCUUUUCUUCUUUCUGUAAAGAGGUCCUGGAUAAGAAAUUCAAUGUUGUUGACUUUUGGUUUUGA